UUAUAUCUCCACCAUCCGUCUCCCCAUCCCUCCUCAGCCCUCUCCGAUUUGUUCUUUUCUCACCCAACAAUUUCUGUUUCUCAUUGGUGUGAAGAUGCCUCAAAUCUUGCCUGAUUUCUCCAAUUCUGUUAAGCUUAAGUACGUCAAACUUGGCUAUCAGUAUCUUGUUAAUCACAUUCUUUAUCUUUUGUUGAUACCUGUUAUUGUUGGUGUUUCCAUUGAGGUUCUUCGUUUAGGUCCUGAUGAAAUCUUCAACCUUUGGAAAUCACUUCAUUUUGAUCUUGUUCAGAUUCUUUGCUCUUCUUUCUUUAUCAUCUUUGCUGCUACUGUUUACUUCAUGUCCAAGCCAAGAACAAUCUAUCUUGUGGAUUAUGCCUGCUACAAACCUCCAGUCACUUGUCGGGUUCCCUUCUCCACCUUCAUGGAGCACUCUAGGCUUAUUUUGAAAGAUAAUCCAAAGAGCGUUGAGUUCCAGAUGAGGAUUCUUGAGAGGUCUGGGCUUGGAGAAGAGACUUGCUUGCCUCCUGCUAUUCAUUAUAUCCCUCCAAAACCAACUAUGGAGGCUGCAAGAGGAGAAGCUGAGCUAGUUAUCUUCUCUGCCGUGGAUUCUUUGUUCAAGAAAACAGGGCUUAAACCUAAGGACAUUGAUAUUCUCAUAGUGAACUGCAGUCUCUUCUCUCCAACACCAUCUCUAUCUGCCAUGAUCAUUAACAAAUACAAACUCAGAAGCAAUAUUAAGAGCUUUAAUCUAUCAGGGAUGGGAUGUAGUGCCGGGUUAAUCUCCAUCGACUUAGCUCGCGAUCUUCUCCAAGUGCAUCCAAAUUCAAAUGCAGUUGUGGUUAGCACAGAGAUCAUAACACCAAACUAUUAUCAAGGAAAAGAGCGAGCUAUGCUUCUUCCAAAUUGCCUCUUCCGCAUGGGUGGCGCAGCAAUUCUCCUAUCGAACCGCCGGUCUCAGAGAUGGAGAGCCAAGUACCGCCUAGUCCACGUGGUUCGUACCCACAAAGGAGCAGACGACAAAGCUUACCGCUGUGUGUACGAAGAGGAAGAUAAAGAAGGAAAAGUAGGGAUCAAUCUGUCAAAAGAUUUGAUGGCCAUAGCUGGUGAAGCCUUGAAAUCAAACAUCACAACUAUUGGGCCUCUAGUCCUUCCAGCAUCUGAACAGAUCCUAUUUUUGUUCACUCUCAUUGGCAGAAAAAUCUUUAACCCGAAAUGGAAGCCAUAUAUUCCUGAUUUUAAGCAGGCUUUUGAGCAUUUCUGCAUCCACGCAGGUGGAAGAGCAGUGAUAGAUGAACUGCAAAAGAACUUGCAACUAUCUGCAGAGCACGUUGAAGCUUCGAGGAUGACACUACACCGUUUUGGGAAUACCUCAUCUUCUUCUCUUUGGUAUGAACUGAGUUAUAUUGAGUCUAAGGGAAGGAUGAAGAGAGGAGAUAGGGUUUGGCAGAUAGCAUUUGGAAGUGGAUUCAAGUGCAACAGUGCUGUUUGGAAGUGUAAUAAAACAAUUAAGACGCCAAAAGAUGGGCCUUGGGCUGAUUGCAUUGACAGAUACCCAGUUCAUAUUCCUGAAGUUGUGAAGCUCUAAGCUUCAGGAAAAUAAUAUUUGGCUUGUUUGGAUGAUAUCAUUUUCUUGUUUGCAUACUCAAAAAGUCUGGGAUUUGCAUUCACUUGUCUUCUUGCUUGUGUUGCCUGUUUGCUGUUUCUUUUCACUUUCCAAUAUUCCACACUGUAUUAAUUAUCCAGAUCAAUUAUCUCUAUUUUCUUUAUAUA